UUUGGUUCUUUACUGCUUUUGGAGAAUUGAGGUAAAGAUAUACUCAAGUAUCUGCAACUAGUUGCAGUUGACUUCUAAAUCUGUUUUGGCUAAGAACAUAAUUGCUUGCCUGGCAUCAAAAGUUGAAGAGUUGACCUUUAACAAGCAAAAGGAACAGAUAUAAUCAUUGUUUUGAUUGUUUGACACUAAUUCAAGAUUAAUUGAAGCCAAAUGGCUCAGAUCUAGCUCUUAGUCUUUUCCGUUGGGCAACAUAGAUAUAAAUGAGUUACAGAAUUUAGAAAUGCUAGAUUUCAAUGUGCCAAGUUUCAUUAUAGUUUUAGUUUUCAUGUUGUCACUUGACAUAUGCCAUGCUGAUAGCAAUGUGAAUUCUGGUUGGCAGUGUUCAGAAGCUGAUAAUUCUACAUCUGAAAAAUCAUUCAUGAUCAAUCUUGGCAACCUACUGAAUAUACUAACUGAAAAUGGGCCUCUCCGCAACGGCUUCUUUAAAACCACAGUAGGAAGGAGAUCAGGGAAGAUUUAUGGUCUAGUGCAAUGCAGAGGGGAUGUUUCUGCAGAAAACUGUGCCAAUUGUACAAGGGAAUCUGUUGCAGUAGCCUUACAUAAUUGCUCAAAGAGCAAAAAGGUUCAGGUUUGGUUCACAUGGUGCUUUCUUCGCUAUUCAAAUGAGCAUUUUUUUGGUGUUUGGGAUCAAUCUUCGAUGGCAAGAGUCAAUGACACCAAUUUUGAUGAUGUUUCUGUUGUCUCCAAAGGACUCAUCUUUAUGAGAGAAGUUGCAAUAACAGCACCAAAGCAGCCUUUGAUGUUUCACACUGCAGUGUUGGAUGCUGGGCAAUUUGGGAAGAGGUAUGGCAUGGCUCAAUGUACCAGAGAUAUUAUUAGAACUGACUGCAGCAAGUGCUUGGAUACUCAGCUAGUGACAUUUAGAACCACGAUUGGAAAUAAGAGAGGAUGGGAGGUUUACGGGUCCAGUUGUAGCAUGUGGUACCAUGAUUACCAGUUUUUUUCCAACAUUUCCAUCCCUACAAAUGAUGGUGCUAGGAGAGUCUCCUUGCAAGGAGUUGCAAUUGGCAUAUCAAUGGCAGUCCCAUUGUUUUUAAUUUUGCCAUAACCAUUCAUUGGCUAUUCAAUUAUGCUAUUUUGAAGGUCAAAACCAAGGUCUGUAACCAACAAAUUUUCAUCAUAUAGUAAUUUCUAUCCAUGCAGAAAGGUUCACUAAUACCAGCUGUACAUAAUGUAAAGCCAACUUUCCUGAAUCUGGCAAUUUCUCUUGUUAUUGAUUUUUUUUAGGCUUUUAAUCCUUUUCUUUGGCACUGGUUCUUAAUUUUUGAGCUAUUCCUGACAAAUAUGUCAGUAGAAAGUACCUUCGUCCUUCUCACAGAUAGAUAUGGGAAGCCUGAGCUAUGCAGAAGUCAGCGAGGACCUGAUCAAAGGGAAAUUUGAUAGACAAUAGCCUUUUUUGAAGAAGAAAAAGAGGGUAAAACCAAUCCGUGACACGAGAACAAAAACGAAGAGUGAUAAAUAUGGCUGAGGAAGAGGCUUGACAAGUCUCAGAUGAAGUGCUAGAAUGAAGAGUUGGUAUUGCAGAAUAAAGAAGAAAUGAAGAAUGGGAGCCCCAAGGACCCAGUUGUAGUGCAUUGUACAGUUUAUCUGGUGCUUUUUCUAUGCCCUGGCAAAUCAGAGUCACAACUCAUGAGUGGUGGGUGAGUCACCUAUAAAGUCCUUGAUGAUUGCUGUUAGUUUCCAACAUAAGGUUUUUUCAAUUUACGAAUGGUUAAUUUUGCUCGAGAUUAUUUACCACAUACAUGGUAAUUGG